AUGUUUAAAAACUUACCAAGACAUAUAAUAGUUUUGGGAAUCUUAUAAUAUUUAAGCAUAAAUGAUAUUAUAAGAAUGAGAAGAGUUAGUAGAUAAUUGUGGAUGAUAAUAUCUACUCAUUAUUAAAUGAAUGUGUUUUUGUGCAAUUCUUAGAUAGAUUUAUCAAAUUAUAAUCUAAAGGGAGUGUCAUUAUAAAUAAAAGCUAAAGAUUCUGGAUUGAAUAAAGAUAAAGCAUUACAAAAUUAUUUGAUGAAAUUGAGUAGUGGAAGGAUAGAAUUGUCUUAUUAUGAUAGUGCUUAUUAAAAAAUAGGAUGUGAUGAAAUAGUAUAUAUGGUAUAGAAGGGAAAAGAGAAAGAAAUAAUUAGAAAUAUAGAAUUAUUUGGAGCAUAUCCAUCUUCAAUUAGUGUGUAUCCAAAUUCUUAAUCAUGUAAAAUACUAUAAAUUUUGUGUAUGAUACUUUAUAUUUGA